AUGUUUGCCCCGGGCCAGGAACAGCUCUCCAAGGAGGACCUCAAGGCUGGUGAGAUUGAGGCUUGCCAGACCGUCCGCAUGGCCGUUGUCGGUGGUAUCCUUCUCUACCUGUCUCCCUUCGCCGUUGACUUCGCCAAGAAGUUCCUUUAA